AUGUGAAGUUUGUAGGUUGUUGUGUAGGGUUAAUGGAAGAUGAAGGAAGAUGAUGGCUGAUCAGUUUCGUAAAGUAGAACAAUAUUCACCAAAAUCGUCUCCAAGAGGGGCACGGUCCCCUGUUGUUUCACGUCAAGAUUCGUCAGGAACAUUAAAAACAACGAUUUCUUUAGGAAAAAAUCCAUCUAUUGUCCAUAGUGGGCCUUUUUAUUUGAUGAAGGAACCUCCAGAAAAAAGUGAACUCACAGGUGCUACAAAUUUGAUGACAUAUUAUGGUUUAGAACAUUCAUAUAGUAAAUUUAGUGGGAAAAAAGUUAAAGAACAAUUAUCUUCAUUUCUUCCAAAUUUACCAGGAAUAAUUGAUGCUCCUGGCCAACAAGACAAUAGUUCCUUAAGAUCUGUUAUUGAAAAACCACCAAUUGGUGGAAAAGAAAUUCUUCCUUUAACAAGUGUACAAUUAGCUGGAUUUAGGCUUCAUCCUGGACCUUUACCUGAACAAUAUCGCUACGUAAACCAGGCACCUCAAAAGAAGCAUAAAAGUAAACAUAAAAGACACAAACACAAGGAUGGUGGUCCUCCAAGUCAAGAAACACAAAUAACUGAUGCAAAUCAAGAAACGCAUGAGAAGAAACAUAAGAAACAAAAGCGACACGAUGAAGAUAAAGAACGAAAAAAGAGAAAAAAGGAAAAGAAACGAAAGAAACAAAAGCAUAGUCCAGAACAUCCUGGUGGACUCACUCCCAGUCAACAUUCCAAUGGUUGAACCCGGGAUAUUUAUUUAAUUUAUAAAUUAAUUAAGACACAAUACCAUUUUUUUUUUUGUUAUUAAAAUUUCACAUGUUUAUUUCGAAAUUAUAUUUCAUAAAACUUCGUAUAGCGUGGAGGAGGGCAUUGAAAAAAGUUUUGAGCUAGCUUUAAACAGUGCAUAGAUAUUCAAUGUUUUUGCUCCUAUUCAAUAUUCCAAAAAAUUUCUUUAAUCGAUAGAUGAAUUCAGCUAUUAAUCGAAGGAAUAGUCAAAAUUAUAAUUUUUGACAAAAUGGCAGCUUACCAAAAAAAAAAUUCAAAAUUCUUUAAAAAAAUUUCAACUUUAAAGUGGUCUAAAAUAUCGAAAUAAUUUUCAGAAAUCUUAUUCCUUCGAUUAUUAUCUGGGGAAAAUAUCUAAGAAGAUUGUGUAAAACUUUGAAACAUUUCAAACAUUUUUCGUCAGGUCUAAGAUCAAAUUCACAUGUACCAAAAAUAUUUUGACCUUUCGAUCAAUUUGCCGCCUAGGGCCAUGACCAAUGAUGCCAAAUAUGUAACUCCUGUCCUGAUCAUGACUGCGAAAUAUCAUAGAUAAAUCUUACUUCCUAGAUAUUGAUUUCUGAAAAUUCUAAGUUAGCUUGAGUCUCCUAUAAACCCUGUAACACUUCAAUUAAUGCUAGAAGCUCGCAACUCAAAUAAAAUAGAAUCCAUACGAACCAUUUUCGAAGAACAUUGAAAAGUACGAAUAUUUUAGAAAAGGAGGCAAAAAUAAUGAAAAUCUAUGUACCGCAAUAUGUAUUUUUGCAAAACUUAUUUUCAAAACAUACAAUUUUUGUGGAAACGUAUAAGAAAUACUCUGAACGUCAAAGGAAAUGGGAUGACCUA